GCAAAGUUAAAUAUAAUGUUUCAGCAAACGGCCUCUUUAUCUUAUCCCUCACAUCCAUGUACCGAACCAUCCGGGGUCUUCUCUCCUCGACAGCAUCGGCAAUAGCCUGGUGUUCCUCAGCAGUCAACGGCAGUACAUUCUUUGGAAGCUUUCUGCGCAGCACACGGUAUCUGCUGCAUAUGCUCUGCAAAGAUGCAUUGAGAUCGGCAAUAACCUCAUGCAUAUCUGUCUCUGUCGGAUCCUUGCCGUGCAUCAAAACAGCAUACCACUUUUCCGUAUCUUUAUCCAUCUUCCCACCAUUGGGUAACGGCGUGUUUGAGCCAGAUUGUCUGAAGGAUUUUAACAUAUACGUGGCAAUAAAUUUGCAAUGCUGGGCAUCGCGGUGGAGGGUGUGAGAUACGUGAGACCAGUCAGGAGUAAGUUUGCGAACUUCGUGCUGGUGUGUAUAUAAAAACAGCGCUCGUCGUUCGCUUAGUGACCAGAGUUUUUGUGCGCGGUGGUGUGUGCUGUUUGUAUUAUCAUUGCCGCUGUUGCUGCUG